GACAUCGGAGUUUGACAGCAUCUAACUUUUGACAUUCUUCACAAUCAUAAUUUCACAAGUAAUAGUUUAGUUCAGCGCGAUCGGAAAAUGUUCACAUAAUCUCGGUAUCUAGACGACUGACUGCCUUGUGAAUGGCUGGAGGUCAAGAAGGAACUACUCACGUUGCUCAACAUAAGUCAAUCGACACCAGGUUGCGCUAAUAGGAACCGUGAUGAUUGUCGACGAUGCCGUCCAAGGUGAACUUCUUCGUUAUAGGUUCCACCGGCGCCGAGGACAAUUUCGACCCACAAUCACUUGAGAGUCCGAGUCCGCUAUCGAAGGGAUGGAAGACUCCUCGUUUCUGUCCAUACCCGCAGCAGCUUACAGUGCAGCUGAGCCUAAGAGCAGCGCGGAUACGGAAGAUACAAAUUCUGAGCCACCAAAACAUGAUACCUACCCGGAUUGAAGUUGCUGUCGCUGCACCUCAGCCUGCUUCACGGCUGAAUGCGGAUGGCGGUGCAUGGAAGAAACUGGGAUUCGUAUCUUUCUCAAGCAAUUCGCAAACAGGGUAUAAGCAACGAGAGUUGAAAUCGAUUCUGCUCGAUGUGGUGGUCGGUUACGUUCGCUUGAAAGUUCACCAGAAUCACAUCAAUCAUUUGAACCUCUUCAACCAGGUUGGUAUUGUAGCAUUCAACAUCCUUGGUGACGAUGUUAGUCAUGCGAUUCCACCUUCCCAGUCACCCACAACUGACCUAUCCCAUGGUCUAUCUUCCACGUAUGAACCGUCCCACCAAUAUGGAGGGUACAGUAAUGGUCGCUCAUCUCUUGAUCCGGAGCAAACGAAUGCGGCUGUACAAGAUGUCAUCAAUUUCUAUCUGCCUCAGAGUGUUUCUGGUUUGCAUUCGACGACUAACCCUCAGCUCUGGGGCAGUAUUAACCAGCCCACGGCACCAACAUCCAUCACGGACGACCUGGCUUUUGGUGUUUAUCAGGAUCCCAAAAUUGCAGAACUCAUCAAGAAGUUGGAGGAAAAGAAGGAAAAAGCUGUCACGGCGGAACUUUAUCAGCAUGCAAAGCUUAUCAAGCAAGCUAUCGAGGAACUUCAACAGUUUGGAGAGCGAAUGGGUCGAUUGGAAGCUGAGAAAAUCAAGGCAGUUGAGAGUGAAGACUAUGAUACAGCCAUGAUGAAAAAGGUUGAGAAAGAGGAAGUAUCUGUCCAGGCUAUGGAGUGCCUGCAGGCUCACCGCAUUGUCACCAACAAUCCACUAACACAACAGCAGAGAGUAGCAGAGGAGUCACAGAAUAUAUCCUCACCCCAACAGGAUGCUCUGCCAUUGCCAUCUCAGGAAGUUGAUGACUUGCCUGCAGGAUAUGAAGCGCAUGAACCGUUUCGAAUGAAGUCGAUCAGACUAGCCACACCACCGGAUCUGCCUCACUUUGCUCCUGCUGGUGGCGUGCAAGGCUCUCUACCCACUCUCUAUGAGCCUCGGUACGGCGAUGCUGCUGCUGCUGCUCCACUAUCCAGACCAGCGCCGGAAGAGUCCACUCUAAGUCGGGGAAGUCACGAGGGUGACCGGCGUGGCAGUGUUCCUGGCAGAUCCAGCAUGGCAAUGAUGGCCUCCGCGUCGCCACCACUUUCACACUGCCAGCCAGUGAGCGAGUCACCGCCUCGUCAGCGUGUGUCUAAACAGGAGACACCUCCACGAAAGCAGUCACUGGUGCAACAGCAAAGACAGGCGGCGAGCCAUGACGAUCAGCCAAUACCAACUACACUGCCUCCAAUUUCCCAACCGAACACUCUAACGACCAGCAAGGAAAACAUGGGUGAGUUGCCCGCGGGAGGGGGGAAGAAUGACCAGUCUCUUCAAGCACUGAGCGCAAAGGUUGCCGUGCAGUACAGCACACCAAUCAACGUCUUCUCACAGGAGAUUGUGCAGAUGGUUCUGAGUAAGAACUUUUCCCAGCGAUCGGACGGCCUGUGUCGUGCAACACAACUUCUCCUGGACACGAACCAUCCACUGUCUGCGGCACAUUCCUUGGCCACGAUUGAGCGAGCUGUGGUGCAGAUCCUUAGCGCUACUAUGAAAGACCGGGUGUUUGGAGUCUUUCAAGACUCCACUUCCUUCUUCAUGCAUGCCCUAGACACUAUCAGCUCAUCCAAGUCUGAUGUAGCUCACCUUGCAGCGAAGGGUUUUGCUAUGCUUCUACCACGGGUUGGAGAUCAGGCACCUCGUGUGGCCAGCCACUCUCGGGAAGUGGUUAUACAAUUGUCAGUCUCGCCGAUUGUCAAGCCGCUGAAUAUCAUCUGCCCAGCAGCAAUGGAGCCACUGAGUCAGAGCAAUCAAUCUAUCUGGCAACAGUACAGGGGAAGAAUUGACCUACUUGGCGAUCUGUUCAAUCAAGACAGCCUGAAAACGGGACUAACUGUGUCUGGUAUGAUGAAGUUUAUGAAUCCCGCUCUGGAACAUCGCCGUGGCCCAGUGCGAGAUGCUGCCACUAAAUUGAUCAUUGCCCUUUACAAAAAAUUUGGCCAAGAAGUUAGGAAGCAUUUGCCUCCGGACAAUGCAGCAAACCGAAAGAAACCAUUCUUCAAGAACAUUUUCACAGAGUUCGAUCGAAUCGACGGGAAGCCAAGCAAAGACGAUUUGAAGGCCAAGGCUGAUGCUGAGGAACAAGCAAAGUUGGACCAGGUGCGACAGCUGCAGGAACAGAUGAAGAUGCUGCAAGCUUUGCAGCGUGGAGAAAUCCCUGUGGAAGCAGAAGAAUCUCCCCCGAGGCCAAGCAACCCGAAAAAGAAACCAAGUCGUCCUGUAGCCGCAAAAGUGGAAACACCACCCCCUGGACCGCCGAAACCAAAGCCGUCACAAAUACCAAAGCGGGGAACUCCCCAGGCUGGCAGUAAGGCAUCGAAAGGUGGACCGAAUCAGACCAGGCUUCAACGGAACGAUGCCAAGAAAGACAGAAUCAGUCGUUGCAUAUUCUGCGAGGCGAAGCACAAUGAGGGUGAAGCAGAACAAGAGAAGCACUACUGUUCGCAAUGUCCAAUGUUAACAUCUUGCCCUGGCUGCACUCAGGUUGUUGAGGUAUCCAAUCUAUCGGGCCAUCUCCUGUCUGAAUGCCCUGAUCAUGCGUCUUUCAAGAAGUGCCAGCGCUGCAAGCAAGCUGUGGCGGCCGUGGACAUGGAGCAGCACACGACCCUCAAUGCAUGCCCAAAGUUUAUGAGUGGUAUGACUUGCUGUCCACUUUGCACAGGAGCUAUCCAUGAUAAUGACAAGAGUUGGAGGUAUCACCUUAUGCAAGUUUGUGCCACUAAUCCCAGAAGAGAGGUGAACCCAGCAGUAAACAAGCGCGUAGCAGCCCUCGCUGGAAGCUCAGUACCACACAGCCGUCCACCAAGCUAUGCACCAACAAUACCGGGAACGACCGGGGCUCACCUGGCUACCAGCCCCGGCAACCGGUCGACCAGCCGAAUACCAACGCUGGCAGCUCGCUCACCUCGUGUACAGCGUUAGCUACAACAUAUAGAAGUGACAUCAAGAUUGGCGCCGGCGGGGAGUUCUACAACUCUGGUUGACGCGACCUCACAAACCCUUGAUAUGAUUGAAUGCAUGUGCAUCAGUGAGAACUCUCUGCCUUAUAUGACUUGAGCAUAAUGCCGAUACAUGCACAAACUUGACUCAUGACUUUCCUGAGCUUCUUUUCUUUGGAUGCCUCCGUGUUUGGGCUGGCUACAAAUCAAAUUAUGAUCUUAACUUUGUCACAUCUAGAUCGGAUUUAGCAAACUUUUGAUGGACUUUGCUAUGAUAAUAAUCAUUGUUAUAGAGUUGAACAGUUUUAUGAUGCUUGCUUGUUGCAUUUUUAUUAUGCUUGCUUGUUACAGGAAGCUAAGCCAGAGCUGAAUGAAAUAGGGAGUUGCAAAACCUUUCCUCCUAUGAGUUUAUAUAUCAAGGCUCAA